GUUCUUCGCUACACUAGCACUCCUUUUUUAUCUAGAAUACCAGCCCUUAGGAGGUAAUGGAGCUAGCUCUGCUAGCGCGGGGAGGCUGGGCAACACCUAUGGAGUGGCUAAUAGUGACACAUUUGGCGAUGUCACAAGAGGAAGCGAAGGAGGUGAUGCCACAAGGGGCAUCGAAGGCGGCGUCCAUGGUGCAAUCUCUAGUGCCACAACUAAUCAAAGUGAUACCCAUGGCCUGAUCGGCGAUGCCUCAAAUGCUGGAAGUGUAGGAGGUGACGUUGGCGAGUUAGGUGAUGCCCCAGAUGGCUUCGGCGAUGUCGCUGGUUUGACGGGCGGCACCACUAGCAUGCCACAAGUCAUUGAUUGGUGGCUAGGUGCAACAAUUGCUAGCGAAGAAGUUACGAGUGGCGACAUCUUCAACCACAUUAGAGUAGGCUUGGGCUUGGUCGACGACAGACAGCCUGGGUGCUGGCCAGCCUAG